CACAUAUAACAGAGAAAAAGCCCGAGUCAUAAGCCCAGGUCAACAAAUUUGGUCUAAUAAUUAAAAAGCCCACGUUUUUUGGUGCUGCAAUUGGAAUUAUUCUUCAUGCCAGCUAAAACGCGUUCAUGUUGACCUUAACACAUCCGAAUUCUUUUUUAUCGAGUGUAGACGACGAACAAAAGAUCAAUUACAAAGAUAAUGGAGGCGGUGGCGUUUUGCUCAAGCGUCCCUGUUAUGCAGAGGGACAGAUUAUCUUCAUCAUUUCAAGCUAGUACUCGUGGAUCUCUUCAAUUUGGAAUUUCAGAGGCUAAUAUUUCCAGUUUUGCUGUUCAAAAAACAAUUUGUGCAAGAUCUUGUCUUAAAACACAUAUUUCUACAGAUUCUGAAGGAUUAGUACGAAAGUCCUCCCUUUACAACAGGAGGAUUAUACACACAGCUUCCUGCAAAUUGCAUUUAUCCAGAAAUGAUUUAACUAGUCGGAAUCAACUUCAGUGGAAACCAUUCUUGUAUAGAACAAUUAAGAAGACAGAGUUUGUUGAUAAUAACUUUAUCUCUUCAAGGGCACUUCCGCUUGCAGAAAAUAUUGAAGUAGCACCAGCGAGUGAUGCUGUGAGUGAUGCCGGUGUUGACCAGGACAGAGUGGGUGUCUUAUUGCUCAAUCUUGGAGGACCUGAUACACUUGAUGAUGUUCAGCCUUUCUUAUUCAACUUAUUUUCAGAUCCGGACAUUAUUCGCCUGCCGAGAUUUUUCCGGUUUCUUCAGCAACCUUUGGCCAAAUUUAUAUCUGUAUUCAGGGCUCCCAAAAGUAGGGAAGGUUAUGCUGCUAUUGGAGGUGGUUCACCAUUACGAAAGAUAACUUACGAGCAGGCUGAUGCAUUGCGACUUGCUUUGGAAGGCAAGAAGACCCCAGCAAAAGUAUAUGUUGGAAUGCGCUACUGGUAUCCAUUUACAGAAGAAGCAAUAGAACAGAUAAAGAGGGACAAGGUCACAAAACUUGUUGUUCUUCCACUUUAUCCUCAGUAUUCAAUCUCAACAAGUGGGUCGAGUAUUCGUCUUCUACAAAGCCUUUUUCGGGAGGAUGACUAUCUUAUAAGGUUGCAGCACGUGAUCAUAGCAUCAUGGUAUGAGAGGGAAGGGUAUAUCCAAGUAAUGGCAAAUUUGAUAGAAAAAGAAUUACAGAGUUUUGUAUGUGCAGAAAAGGUGAUGAUAUUUUUCAGUGCUCAUGGAGUGCCGGUUACAUAUGUUGAAAAUGCUGGGGAUCCAUACAAGACACAGAUGGAGGAGUGUGUGGCUCUGAUUAUGGAAGAGUUGAAACAAAGGGGAAUUUAUAAUGAACAUACUCUCGCAUAUCAGAGCCGAGUUGGUCCUGUGGAGUGGCUGAAGCCAUACACUGAUGAGACUAUAAUUGAACUGGGCCAGAGAGGAGUCAAGAGUCUCCUUGCAGUUCCCAUAAGUUUUGUUAGUGAGCAUAUUGAAACACUCGAGGAAAUUGAUAUGGAGUACAAAGAAUUGGCACUUGAAUCUGGAAUUGAGAAUUGGGGGAGGGUUCCAGCAUUAGGCUCUGAACCAGCUUUCAUAUCAGACUUGGCAGAUGCAGUGAUCGAAGCACUUCCAAAUGUGAAAACCAUGGCUUAAUUGAAUUUUGAGGUGGGGCAAGUAGAAAAGAAUAAUGGGAAAUCCAUAUUUGUAAUGGUUUGGGGCUCAAUUGGGGCAUUUUGGUUGAUUACAGGGCGAAAAGUAAGGAGAACAUGCACAAAUUUUUGUUUGCCAUGAAAUAUAUUGCCUACUAUACUUGUUAACAUCCAUAAAUGAAUUUUGCUAGAGAGAAUGAUAAAUACUAAAUUUUGCAAGAGGUACAACAGUAAAUUUUGAAGCUAAUAAAAAAGCAAAGGGAGUAAAUUUUUAAGUACCAAUAAAAGAGCAGCAGAUUUUAUAUGCCUGCAUGCUCCCUUUUAUUGCCCUUGUAAUAUGAUUGCCUCUGAGCUUAUAUUAAUUCAAAUGGAACAAAAUGAUUUGUUGAACAAUGUUGGUCAAAAGCUGAAUCAAACAACAUUUUUAUCUUUGUUUA